GUGCUAGCAUCGGCCGUGUCGAGCCGUGCCUCCGUGGUGUCACCAUCGUGUCACUCGCGGCGAUGGCACGCCUCGGAACGAGCUUUCGCUUGGUCUCCGCUGUCUCCGCAGGGCUGUGGCACUUGCAGGGACGUCCGCUGUAUCACUCCGAUACCAAGAGCUGCAUCUCCACGUCCAGGACCAGGAGCGCUUCCGCUUGCCAGACCGUCCGCCGGCCCUGUGUGGCCGUGUGUGGAGACAUCUUCAUGGACAUCAUGGCACCGAUCAAGAAGCUCCCCGUGUGGGACUCAGAUGUAGAGGCCGAGAGCGUCAAGAUGGUGCCAGGAGGCAGUGCGCUGAACCAGGGUCGCCAGCUGCACUCCCUCGGCGUCCCGGUGCGCUUCGUUGGGGCGGUCGGGAAAGAUGCCAUCGGCCACGCGCUCCUGGAGCAGGUCUCUGGGCAAGGCUUUCCCACUGACUCCAUCAAGACCUUCAGCAACUUGCCUUCUUCAGGACAACGACUUCAUGACGUUGGUGCGCCACAGCAACUGGAGCGCGUGCAGGGGGUGUGCAUCGUCCUGUCGGGCCCGGCAGAUCGCGCCUUUGUGAGCUGCUACAGCACCACGGACGCCUUCACUGAACGAGACCUUCAGGAGCAGGCUCACAAGCUGGAGGAUUGCACUCACUUUCACUUGGGCGGCUACUUCAACAUGAAAGGAUUGCAAAGCCAUGACUUCACUCAGUUCGUGGCUGACGCAAAGCGAAGCAAACAGUGGACAAUCUCCUUGAACUCUCAGGCUUGUUCCAACGGCCACUGGUGUGGAGAAGAUAACCACCUGGCAUCCUUCCUGGACCAUGUGGAUCUUUUGUUCGUGAACGCUUCGGAGGGUGAACACAUUUGCGCCGCCCUUUGCCCAGACUCCGACCGAUCCAUCUCAGCGCUGUGCAAACGCUACCCCGAGUUGAUGGUGGUGAUCACGCAAGGCUCCCACGGCUGCACGGCCUACCGGCACCAGAUGCCUGCGGUCUACGUGCCAGCCAAGCAAACCAGAGUCGUGGACACCACUGGCGCAGGGGACGCCUUCAUUGCGGGCUUUUUGUCUUCCUGGCUGCCGCACGCCGCGCCCAAGCGGUCCGAGGCAGAACAGAAGGCCAUUGUGGACGCCUGCAAGAAGGGUCAUGCCGUGGCCAGCGUGGUGCUGGGAAGAGAGGGUGCCUGUGUGGAACCAGUUCGCCCCAGAGACCUCAAGGAUCUGGAGUAGUUCGUCCUUCUCUUCCUUCUCCUGUCGGAGGGUGGCACCCGCUCUGCAACAGACGGGGGGAACACGUGCUGAUCGAGCUUUGUCACAGCGGUACCGCGCAACUCAACCGUCGGCGCUGGUGUGAAGCCUGACAAUCGAUUGGUUCCUGCGAA